AUGGAGUCAGAAAAGUUGAGAUUGUACACAGUAUCUGGUCAAAGGCCAAGAAGAAACACAAUUAUUAGCUGCCUUUUACUCCUUUUAUUGAUCUUUCUCACAAUCGCCUUUUCAUUUACCACACGUUUCCUGGCAGUAGCACUACAUCCACUACCAACUACAAAGAAACAACCCAUUGAAUCAACAUGGAGCUACUUCAGGAAGCCAAAACCAGAAAUAUGUCGCCAAUAUGAUUACAAGCACCCACAAUCAUACCUCAAGGACAAUUCAACUGUAUUGAAUAUUCUAUUUAGCGAAACCUUCCGCAACCAAUCAGCCAAGAAAUUGUCUCAAGCAGUUCAAAUACCAACUGAUGUGUAUGAUGAAGAUCCGUCUGUGGAGAAAGACCCUCAAUACUGGAAUGGUAAAUUUACACCAUUCUACGACUAUUUAAACAAGACAUUUCCCCUUAUAUUCACUCAUUUACAAGUGGAACUAGUGCAUUCACACGCCAUUGUCAUCGCUUGGAAAGGAUCAAACCCACUGCUGGAGCUGAAACCAAUUUUACUCACUGCUCAUCAAGAUGUUGUACCUAUACAAAAAUCAACCUUGGAUCAAUGGACGUAUCCUCCAUAUGAUGGAAUUUACGAUGGAGAUAAAUUGUGGGGGCGUGGCUCUUCAGAUUGUAAAAAUUUGUUGAUUGGACUAUUAGAAUCAAUUGAGGAGCUAUACAAGUCAAGUUUUAAACCUAAAAGAACCAUUGUUCUUGGAUUUGGAUUUGAUGAGGAAGUUGGGGGGGAACGAGGGGCUCAACAUAUUGGCCAAUUUUUAACAAAACGGUAUGGCAAAGAUUCAUUUUAUGCGGUUAUUGAUGAAGGUGGUCAGAGCAUUGCAUAUGAGGAAGAUGUGGUAUUGGCAUUACCAGGUACAAGUGAAAAAGGAUCGACCGAUGUUGUUGUUGGGAUAAAUACACCUGGUGGUCAUUCAUCAGUCCCACCAUUAUCACAGCACACAUCAAUUGGAUUAAUGGCCAUCUUUAUUGAGAGUUUGGAAAAGGAUCAUUUCCAACCAAUUUUAUCACCUCGUAAUCCAACUUUCCAUGAAUAUCAAUGCAUCGCCAAGUACUCAUCCACGUUGCCCCAUAAAAUUAAAAAGAGUUUACUUCAUGCUGAUACAUCACACCGAGCAAAUAAAAUAGCUACCAGUUGGCUCUAUAAUAAGUCAUUGCUUAGUCGAUACUUGAUUACGUCGACACAAGCAGUUGAUACCAUCAGUGGUGGUGUAAAAUCUAACGCGUUGCCAGAAUACGUCGAGGCUGUCAUCAAUCAUCGUGUUGCGGUUGAAUCAAGUGUUGAUGAAAUCUAUAACCACGAUUUAUGUCAUGCUAAAUAUUUGGCUAAACGAUUUAAUUUAGGAUUGGUCUCUGAGGGGGAAACUCUUCGCAAUGAGACUAAGAAUGGAAAAAUAACAAUUCACAAAGUCUCUCAAUUGGAACCAGCGCCAAGCACACCUACUGUUGGCAAAGUAUGGGAAUUGUUUUCAGGCAAUAUCAGACACGUGUAUGAGCAAUUGGUUCCAAGUUACAACAAGCUGUGCAGCUCUGGUAACACCGAUUCUGUUGUCGGAAGACAGGUUGUAGUUGCACCCGGAAUAGCAACUGGAAAUACCGAUACCAGAUAUUAUUGGAAUUUAACCAAGAACAUUUUUCGAUACAGACCUGGACUUUUCACCACUGUGGAGUCACACGCUCAUGGAGUGGAUGAGUUUAUUCGAUUUGAUUCUCAUUUACAAAUUAUUGCAUUUUAUUAUGAGUACUUGCAAUUGAUUAACGAAGAUGAUAAUUUGUGA